AGCCCACAGAGUCCUCUACAACUCCCACACAUAUUACAUCAUAGAAAUACCAUAUUUUUUAUUCUCUCUGCUAGGAAUUGAAUAUACCAUGGGUGGAUGUUUACUGAGCUUUAUAUGUACGGAAAGGACGAAGAAGAAGCAAUGCUGCUUUCUGCGGAGAAUGAGAGCCGCCGUGAAGAAGGCGGUCAAGAACUGGUGCGGAGGAGGGCGCCGCCGCCGGCAGGUGAAAUUCCAAUACGACCCUUGGAGUUAUGCACUCAACUUUGAUGAUGGGUUUGGGGAUGAGGAGAGGGCAAAUGCGGUAUUUCAUCACCAUGCCUCCUGUUCUUCUUCUAAAACUGUUGCUGCCACUACUGCUACACUGGUCUUUGUUCUUUGGUUAGAGGCAUAGCCAGAAAGCUAUAAAAAAAGAUCGAAUUGCAGAUUUUUCUUGUCUUAUUGACUUAUUGUUUAGUUAAUUAAAUGUUUGUUUAUUACUCCGUAUGUCUUAACCAUUAAUUAAUUAUUUACGGUAGUUCAGAACAAGUAAUCUGCUAAUACUUAACCUUAGAUCACCAUUUUAUGGUGGUGACCUGCUUGAAGGAAUCGGGUUUUUUCAUAGUACGGAGUAUU